CAACAAUGAGGAACGGAAAACCAUUCACAUUAAUGUUACCCACCAGCCCCCACCCCUUCCCGAAGAUGUGGGACUAUGAUGACAGCGUGGCCUUCCUGGGAACAUGGGGUCGCUUCCAGCUCUUGGUUUUUUUUCUGCUCUGCUCCACUGCCUUGCCAAAUGGUACGGGCUCCUUCUCGCUGGUCUUCGUAACGGACACGCCCCAGCACCGAUGCCGGAUCCCUGAAGCCAACCUCAGCCAGGAGUGGCGGCAGGCAGCGAUCCCACUGGAGGUAGUGGACGGGGAGCUGCAGGCAAGCCGCUGUCGCCGCUACAGGUUGGACGUGCUCCGCAACCUCUCAGCCGGCGGGCUGCUGCCGGGCCGCGACGUCAACGUGAGUAGUCUGGAGCAGGAGGACUGUGCAGACGGCUGGGUCUACAGCACCGAGGUCUACCACUCCACUGUGGUCUCUCAGUUCGACUUGGUGUGCACUCAGCGUUGGAAGCAACCCUUGACUGCCACCAUUUUUUUCUUGGGGGUCCUGGUGGGAUCCUUUUUCUCCGGAGUGCUUGCUGACAGGUUUGGCCGAAAACCGGUGCUGUUCGCCACCAUCAUAAUUCAGGCUGUGUUCUCAGUGGCACAGAUUGCAGCUCCGUCCUGGGAGGUGUUCUGCUUUCUUCUCUUCUGCAACGGCCUUGGCAAUAUCUCCAACUACGUGUCCUGCUACGUGCUGGGCACAGAAAUCCUCACAGGCAACGCUCGCGUGUUUUACUCUUCGAUGGGGGUGUGUCUGGGCUUCGCCUUUGGCUACAUGACGUUGCCGCUCUUCGCCUACUUUCUGCGGAGCUGGAAGACGCUGCUACUAGCCAUUGGGCUUCCCGGCCUCUUCUACAUCCCCAUGUGGUGGAUCCUCCCAGAGUCGCCCAUGUGGCUGCUGUCUCAAGGCCGAGUGACAGAAGCCGAGGCCAUCGUGAGAAAAGCCGCCAUCAUGAACCGAGUGGUUGCACCGGAGAAGAUCUUCAGCAGUGUCAAGCCAGUAAAGUCCUCCGCUGUUUUGGAGCUGGUGAAGAAAAGACGCCUCGCUAUUACGCUCAUCCUUCUCUGCUGGGUGUGGUUCUCGCUGAGCGUCUGCUACUUCGGCCUGUCCCUGAACACGUCGCAGCUGCACUCGGAUCCGUACAUCAGCUGCUUCCUGUCUGCCGUGGUGGAGGUGCCGGCGUACCUGAGCUGCAGUUUGGCCAUCCGCUACCUGCCGCGACGGCUCGCCGUGGCGGCGGUCUUCCUCACCAUGGGCCUGGCGCUUUUCUCCAUUCAGCUGGUCCCUCAGAGUAUCCUGGGUUUGGCCGUGGCCUUGGAGAUGUUGGGUAAGUUUGGCGCCACGGCAGGAACGUCGCUGCUGUUCGCCUUCACGGCCGAGUUGUAUCCGACGAACCUGAGGAACACGGCAUCCGGGAUCUGCGUCAUGGUGUCACGAACGGGAAGCUGCAUUGCGCCCUUUAUCAUACAGCUGAACAUCUACUUCAAGUAUUUGCCUUAUAUCACCUUGGGCACUCUGGCGAUGCUGUCAGUCCUGGCUACGCUCUUGCUGCCGGAGAGUUUUGGCCGAACGCUUCCUGAGACUGUUGAACAGAUGCCAAAAAGGAAAAGAGUGACCCAUCUAUGCGAUUGCAGACGAGAAACCUUCAAUUCCACGAGCGUCUCCGAAAGCCGAUUGUGAAUAUCUCGACUGCUGUGGAUUUUCCUGGCAAAUUAUAUCAAUGAAUUUUCUGAUUAUAAUUAUUGUAUCAUGCGUUAAUUUUUCAUUUGCUAACAACUUGUAUGUUUAUGUGUACAUUUAUUGAAGAAUAAAAGACAUUAAAACAUGC